CGCGCGCGCUACGGACUGGACGUUACUUUCAGGCUGAGGCCUUUAGUUUUAUUUUUCUAGGAUUCUCGCUGAGCUGGAUGGAUUAUAUUUUCUUGGAAUUAUGGAAGAUAACUCAAUUCUUAACUAUUAACAUAUAAACUGUGAAUUUCAUGCCAUGUGAUAAGAUCUGAGUUUACCUUAUCGUAUUUAUGAUCAUAUUCAUACAAUAAUUCAUAUUUAUAUAAUUACAUAUAUUCAUUUUGAUUAUACAAUCAAUCUAUACUCUGUCACUUUGAAACCAUAUAUAAUCAUAUUUGACGAAGAUUCGUAUUUCAUAUCUGUAUUCUAUUUCUUAAGGAAUAUAUGGUUAUAUCGUAUUUGAAUACUUUAACCCACGUACUUUAUGUAUCUACAGGAUCUAUUCAAACCUCUACCUAAUAUCAAGAAAUAUAUACAACCGUGUAUGUUAAAGGACUGUAUUCACUAUUUUAUGAACUAUCAUUUAAAUCGUAUUUGGAUACUAUAAAUCAUUUAAUUUCCGUAGCUAUCUGUCCAAUUCGGAAUAGGAUGAGUCCAUUGUCUCCACGAUGUUCUUAUAUUCCAAAAGAAAAAUCUCCACAUUCAAUAUCUAGUCUUGAUGAAAAUGAAAUAGAUGAAGUUCGAAAGAAGUUAGAUCAUCUUCAAUCAUUACUAAUACAAACUACUGAAAAGAAUACCGAAGAAAAUGGAGAAAAGAUUGAUGAUUCAUGUCAAAAUUUGCCUAAUUAUGCUACAUUUUCAGUGAAACAAUCACAUGAAUAUGCUGUGAGAAAUUGGUUACUAUCAAAUUUAAUCAUAUUUAACUACUUAUAUCGAUAA